UUAGGAACAACAUUACCGCCAGGAAAAAGUAGAUCAAAUUUCGCUGUUAAGAUAUUUCAUGCUUAACAGAGGGUAACAUUGUGUCGUCGUCGAAAUUACAAAGUGAUACAGUUUAAUCUAAACUUUGAACAGUUCAUCGUUUACUGACAUACUUGUAUUUGAUAGAAUACUUUGAACGAGAGUUUGUGAUGUCUUAUGGCAACAGUGGUAGAGAGGAAGUGACACUUAAAGGAAGCGAUGGCUCAGAGUGCACAGUCAACUUAAACGGUGCCACAGUAACAUCAUGGAAAAACAAAGGAGAAGAAAUCUUAUUUUGCAGUGAAAAAGCAGUGCUUGAUGGGAAGAAAGCCAUAAGAGGUGGAAUUCCAAUUGUUUUCCCUAAUUUUGGACCCUGGGAGCUUGGACCUCAGCAUGGAUUUGCAAGAAUAAAGCAGUGGAAACUUACAGAAUCUGUCACCCAGUCAGGUGAUGAUGCUAGCAGUAGAGUAUUUAUCUUAGAAGAUGAUGAAGAGACAAGGAACAUGUGGAAUGCAAGGUUCAGGUUAGAGUAUAAAGUUGAAAUAGCUGAAGACUCCCUUCUGACCUCUUUGAAGGUUUACAACAAAGGUGAUGAGGCCUUUAGUUUUACAACACUGAUGCAUACAUACUUCAGAGUGGACGACAUCAGAAAAACAGGAGUGAAGGGCCUGAAAGGUUUAAAGUUUGAAGAUAAGGUACAUGGUGGAGAGCAUACAGAAGACAGAGAAAUGGUGCAAAUAAAUGAGAAUUAUGACAGAAUUUACAAGAAGUGCUCAGGCCCAGUUCAGCUGUUUCCUGAUGUGGAUAAGGCAACUUCGUGUAGAAGGCUUGUAACAAAAAAUCUAAAUGAUACAGUUGUUUGGAACCCAUGGGCAGAGAAAGCUAAAGCCAUGUCAGAUUUUGGUGAUGAGGAGUACCACAAUAUGCUGUGUGUAGAGGCCGGAUCUGUGAGCGAACCUGUCACUCUUGAAGCUGGGAAAGAUAUGAUUUUCUCACAGACUAUUGUUGUGGAUAAAACUUCUAAAAUGUGAUGGAAUGCAUGUCGAUUCUUGGGUUGCUUCGAAGUUUAGACAGAAACCAUAUUAUUGACUUUUUUAGGCUCACGUCUUUUAUCAGAAACCCUUUUGUUAUCACAACUUGUCGGAGCCAUAACCUGAUAGCCCCUUCUCCAUUUUCAUACAAACAUGGCACAAUUACUUACUACCACAUUGCAUUUUACAUAUGUCUUCAUUCUGUCUAGAAAAGUUCAGGAGAGGUCAAAAGGUAUUGAUUUAUACCACUGUAACAUUGGUAGCAGUAACCCAAUGGUAUUAUUUCUUUACUUCUUUUUGUUUAAGCAUCUUUUUUAACAGUAUCUCAAUUUUGUAACACUGCGCGCUUAACCUAACCAGAAUUCCUGGAUCUUGUACCAGUACGUGCCUGUUCGCCACAAGUAACUACCCUGCAAGAUUCAAAGGCUGAGGACAAUUUUUUUUAAUAAUUUGUCUUUUAUCAGUCUUUAAGAACACAUGCCACACCAAGGGACCGAACUUACAACCCCGUAGAUAUGCGAUCUAUAUAUUAAGUUAAUGGGAUGGUGGACUUAACUUGGUAAUUAUAUGUAUCACAGCAUUCUGUAUGCAGUGCAAAGAAUUCUUUGUCCUGUCUUCAAGGUAAGAAUGGACAAUAAAAAUAGCACUCUCGUUUCCUGGACCGUAGCUACCCCAUUCCUGAUAUGAAUUGGCAGAAAUGCAACAACAGUACAGGAUGUACUGCAAAUAAUUGGUUAUACUAUCUUGAAGUUCAAGGUCAGGAGGGGUUAAUAGUGUCUUUAAAUGUUACUAUUACUUUGUUAUUUAUAAUCAGAAUUUAUUUAAACUUUGCAUGCGUA